AUGGCUUCUUUCUUCUCAAAUCCUACUUCCUACCGGCUCAAUGCUCUCAUCUCAGGCGACAGCAUCCCAUCUAUACCCAUCGCCACAAACUCUUUCUCCAACUUCGCAUUUCUCCAUACUCGAGCCAACAACCAUGAAUCGCAUCCUGCCCUGGGCCAUCUGGUCCUCCUGGUCUUCGAGGCCGUUAUGGAGGUUGUCUGUGUGAGUCUGCCAGGCUACAUCAUCGCGAGGCAAGGGAUGUUCGAUGCCGACAAACAGAAGUUCUUGGCCAAUCUGAACGUGGCAUUAUUUACGCCUUGUCUAAUCUUCACAAAACUCGCAUCACAAUUGACCGCAGACAAGCUGCUCGAACUCGCCGUCAUCCCAGUCAUCUUCAUUGUACAAACUCUGGUUUCAUAUUUGGUUUCGGUGGUGGUGUCGAAGUUUUUUGGUUUCAAGAGGAGGCCCGCGAACUUCGUCACUGCUAUGGGAGUAUUCGGAAAUUCGAAUUCGCUUCCAAUAUCACUCGUCAUUUCGCUCUCACAAACGCUCAAGGGGCUGCAUUGGGAUAGAAUACCUGGGGAUAAUGAUGAUGAAGUUGCGGCAAGAGGUAUUCUCUAUCUGCUUAUCUUCCAGCAGCUAGGGCAACUUGUGCGAUGGAGUUGGGGGUACCAUGUCUUGCUGGCCCCCGCAGACAAAUACGCGGAAUCGAUAGAUGAAGCGGAUAUCGAGGAAGGAAGAUAUACAGACGAACCAGAAGGACGUGUACACCAAGGAGAUCUAAUUCAAGGUUUGGAUGGCGAGAACGAGGAUGAACAUGAAUACCUCAACCCCAACGGGAGCUCAUCCACCAACUCGUUCGAAUCUGGAGGCAGGACUCCCGUCUUCCACACACACUAUGCAGGAUCAAUCAACGAGGAUGAGGAUGUGGAUGAUCCAGACAAGAAGCCAUCAGGACUUCUUCCAACGCCUGCCAAUGACUUUGUUGUCCCCAGAGACCAUUCAAACGGCAACAUUACCUCUUUCCCAAGUAUCCGAACACCUCCAGAAGAGCGAGAAAUCCCAAGCGGAAUCAGAGGAAUAAUUCCUACAAUACGCCUUUACAUCAAGCGCGGAAUUGCCCACGCAUUUUAUAUUGCCAAGAAAGGAUCACAAAGAGCUUUCCACGCUCUCCCUAUUUCACUUCAACAAUUCCUCACCAAAACCCACUCUCUCCUUUCCCGCUUCUUUAAUGGUUUAUGGGAGUUUAUGAACCCACCUCUCUGGGCCAUGCUUCUUGCCAUUAUCGUAGCUUCAAUACCCAAACUUCAACACCUGUUCUUCGCAGAUGGUUCCUUCAUCGCCAACUCCGUCACACGAGCUGUAUCACAAUCAGGUGGUGUAGCCGUACCACUGAUCUUGGUCGUUCUUGGAGCAAAUCUCGCGCGCAAUACCUUACCCCAAGAAUCGCUCGACGAGAAUUCCGAAGAGAAUCAAAUCGGCACUAAGCUCCUGGUAGCUUCUCUCAUCUCGCGGAUGCUCUUGCCCACAAUGGUCAUGGCACCCUUACUUGCCCUCGUAGCGAAAUUCGUACCAGUCAGCAUUGUUGAUGAUCCAAUCUUCGUGAUUGUCUGCUUCUUGCUGACCGGAGCUCCAAGCGCAUUACAACUAGCUCAGAUCUGCCAAAUCAAUGGUGUUUACGAAGGCGUAAUGAGCAAAUUGCUUUUCCAGAGCUAUGUAAUCUGGAUCUUGCCAUCAACACUUAUCCUAGUAAUGUGUGCCCUCGAAGUCGUCGAAUGGGCGGGUCUGUAA